AUGCUCGUCAUACCUUCCGUGCUUCUCCUUAUAGGAGGUGCCCUGGCCUCCGAACACGACUACAUUAUUGUCGGCGGGGGAACAAGUGGCCUAACCGUCGCGAAUCGCCUAUCUCAAGAUCCGGCGGUAUCUGUGCUUGUUGUUGAGGCUGGAUCGGCGGUGUUCGACAAUGAGAACGUUACGGAUAUCAGCAAUCUGCCAUAUACAUACGACAGCCCCAUCGACUGGGCUUACCAAACCACAAAGCAAAGCUUUGGAGACCGGCCCCAGGUUAUGCGAGCUGGCAAAGCUCUCGGAGGCACCAGUGUCAUGAAUGGGGCCGCGUACGCACGAGCAGAAAAGGUGCAAUUUGACGCCUUGCGAGAUAUCGGUAUUCAUGGAUGGGAGUGGAACAGACUUUUGCCCUACUACAUGAAGAGUGAGAACCUUACCGCUGCGAAUUUGACACAGGCGGCAGCGGGGGCCUCUACUCUGCCUAUGUACCAUGGUGUCGGUGGGCCCGUCAAUGUUGGCUUCAUGGAUAUGCGAAAAGGUGAGAACGACCUCACAGAAUCUAUGAAUCGAACUCUCGCAUCGAUGGGAAUUCCCUGGAAUCAGGACCUGAAUUCCGGGCACAUGAGAGGAUUCACCCUCCAUCCGUAUACCAUCGAUGCAACAAAUAUCCGCAGUGAUGCAGCCCGAGCGUACUAUUGGCCCUAUGCCAAGAGACCGAAUCUCCAAGUGAAAUUGAAUUCCUUUGUCACUCGGAUUUUAUGGAGUGACGAGGACAGCGAGGACGGAGUGGUUGCUAAGGGUGUGGAGACCCUCGAACAGGGUGGAGGCGACCGACAAAAGUUCAAUAUCAACGCUCGGAGGGAAGUUAUUUUAGCCGCAGGUGCGUUACGCACCCCUCUUAUCCUGGAGCUUUCCGGCGUCGGUAAUCCAAGAAUCUUGGAACAAUAUGGGAUUACGGUCAAGAUCGACCUCCCGAGCGUUGGGGAGAACCUGCAGGACCAGCUUAAUACCUCACUUGUUGUGUCUACAGAUACUCCCGUCUCAGGUACAAGAACGGUUGCAUUUGCCACUGUCGCUGACAUAUUCGGGCCAACAAGCGAGUCAAUUGCCGCGCGGGUCAAAGCACAGUUACCGCAGUAUGCUGAGGCUACAGCAAACGGAACUAACGGAGGUAUGGAGAAGGACGUGCUGGAGAAAUUAUACAACCUUCAGUAUGACUUGAUGUUCAAGAAACGAGUGCCAGUCGCCGAAUUUGUCUUUAUCCUGGAGAGCCCCCAUCAGAUCCACACUGGUUAUUGGGGUCUUCUUCCCUUCGCGCGAGGAAGUGUCCAUAUUAACUCUUCCAACCCAAUGGCCCCACCGAAGGUUAACCCGAACUACGGUAUGCUUUAUUGGGAUAUCGAAGUCCAGAUCGCGAUGUCAAAAUUCCUUCGACGGAUGUAUCAGACCGGAGACCUCAAGAAUCUCGGUAUUAAUGAGACUCUGCCUGGGUUUGUGACUGUUCAAGAAGAUGCGUCGGACGAGACCUGGAAGAGUUGGAUCGAGGGACAAUACACGCCAAACUACCAUGCCAUUGGAACGACCUCGAUGUUGCCUCACGAUAUGGGUGGUGUUGUAAAUGAUCGAUUGAAGGUCUAUGGAACCAAGAAUGUCCGAGUUGUUGAUGCCUCUAUUCAACCGUUGCAGUUAUGUGGCCAUCCCACAGCUAAUAUCUACGCCAUUGCGGAGUACGUCUCAGACGUGAUCAAGCAGGAUUCCUAG